AUGUGGAAAGACCAUGUACCCACAUUGGGAUACUAUGGCAGAGCUUGCUCAGCCACUCAACUUGAUGAGUCAGUAAUAAAGUCUUGGUUCAAGAUCCAGUGCACCAAAAGGAGGAAAUGGCUGCUACAAUGUCAGCCAAGUCUGGCACUAGAAGCACAAAACCAAACCAUUCCAGUGAAGGAGGAGGAGGCUCCUACCAUAACUUCUGCAAACACUUGUCCCAUGAGUCCCAGCAUUGUGAAUGCUCAUGGCCAUGCACCUAAGACUUUUGGUGACAGGCAAUCUGGAGGGACUGGUGCCUCUGGAUGGAAUAUAUCCUGGGAUUCUCAGCCUCAGGAUCUCCAACAGAUAUGUCUGGGUGUCUUUGAUCAUCCUUGGGCCUUCAUUCCCUAUCACAUAGAUCCAUUUAUACAGCCAUAUGUCUUACCUGGGAAGGAUCACCCAGCAGUCUACAUCAGUAGCUCUUCCCUCAAUGCCCUGAUUGAGGGGGUAUAG